AUGUUUCGCACUCAAUUACUGCGGCAAGCAAUUCGAGCAGGGACUGCUUCCUCGAGACCAAUUGCCUCCCAUGCAGCUCCUGUGAUAGCUUCUGCGCGUUCUAUUCACAGUACGACGGCUCUCCGUCGGGAUGAGGAAAAGCAGGAGGGGCAUGAGGGGUCUUUUGCACGAACAGAUGAAUCUAUCCAGGUGGAGUACCCGGAAGAAGGAGACUUACCAUCCAGUGCACCCGUUCAAGGCCGAGGAGGCAUGCAUUUUAGACGUACCCUCGCUUCAUUCUCGCUCGAAGGUAGAGUGGGAGUUGUGACUGGUGGUGCAAGAGGUUUGGGUCUGGUCAUGUCCCAGGCGAUGGUCAUUAGCGGUGCAGAUGUUGCUAUUGUUGAUUUGAACAAGGAGGAGGCUGAGAAGCAGGCGGAGGAGCUUAUGAAAGCAUUCGUCAAGGAGAAUCCGGGAUCAGACAAGAUACCAAAAGUUACCGCACAUUAUGCUGACGUUUCAUCACAAGAAUCUGUCGAAGCCGCAAUCGCCGAAGUCAUCGAGCAACAUGGAAAGAUUGACAAUUUAGUCACUUCCGCUGGGUUCACAGAGAACUUCGACGCAAUCAACUAUCCUAUUGACCGAGUACGAAAGCUUUGGGGCGUUAAUGUUGACGGCACAUACCUGUUUGCAAUUGCAGUAGCAAAGCAUCUCAUGGAGCGAAAGGCCCCGGGAGCUAUGGUUUUCAUUGGUAGCAUGUCAGGAGCUAUUGUCAACGUUCCGCAACCGCAGGCACCAUACAAUGCUGCCAAGGCAGCGGUGCGACAUCUGGCUUCCAGUUUGGCGGUUGAGUGGGCGCAUGCAGGCAUUCGAGUCAAUUGCAUUUCUCCAGGAUACAUGCUUACAGCUUUGACUAAGAAAAUCCUCGACGACAACCCAGAUCUCAAGAAGCAGUGGACAUCACUUAUUCCUCAGGGUAAGAUGGGUGAUCCGGAGGAUCUCAUGGGUGCUGUGACCUUCCUCUCAUCGGAUGCUUCGAGCUAUGUCACAGGUGCCGACCUUCGUGUCGAUGGCGGAUACACCCUCACGUAA